UCGGGGCGGGAGCCCUCCCUGGGCAGGACGGGACGCUUGGCCGCCGCCUUCUACUCUCGCUGGUGGCCGUAGCCGCGCUGGAUGUCCCCGGCCUCGCGCGGGCGGUGGGGAUCCCCCUUGAGGCGCUGACCGGCGCCUUCUCGCCUCCGCUCUGAGGCCGUCGCCUCUCCGGCGGUGUCCCGGUUCUUCGGAGCGCUGAAAAAUGUCAGGUUUUCUGGAGAGCUUGAGGUGCUCGGAGUGUGUUGACUGGGGAGAGAAACGAAACACGAUCGCUUCUGUUGCUGCAGGAGUGCUGUUUUUUACAGGUUGGUGGAUAAUCAUAGAUGCAGCUGUAAAAUAUCCCGAAGUGGAAGACUUCAACCAUUCAUACCAUGCUUGUGGGGUUAUAGCCACUAUUGCAUUCCUAAUGAUCAACGCGGUGUCGAACGGCCAGGUGCGGGGUGACAGUUACAGCGAGGGCUGCCUGGGACAAACAGGUGCUCGGAUCUGGCUGUUCAUUGGUUUUAUGAUGGCUUUUGGAUCUCUGAUUGCUUCCAUGUGGAUCCUGUUUGGAGGCUACGUUGUUAAAGAAAAACCGGUUGUAUACCCAGGAAUAGCUGUGUUUUUCCAGAACGCAUUCAUCUUUUUUGGAGGACUGGUCUUCAAAUUUGGUCGCACGGAAGAUUUGUGGCAAUGAACACGCCUGUGGAAGUGCAUUGGCUAUGCUGGUUUUUUAACUGCACACUCCCAAAAUUUUGUAAAACCAUUUUGUAAACGGUGACCUUCAAUUGUGUUUAAAGAUAAAACAAGGAAAACUUAAUCAUAGCACUAAAAAUUCUGUUUCUGUUUCUGUUUUUUUACUCUUGUAUGUGAUUUAAAUGUUGUAAUGUUUUUGACAAAUGUAAAAUUGCUGCAAGUAACAAUGGCAGUCACUUUUAUGAUAUGAUGUUUGCUACCAGUAAAUAGUAUAGUGGAAAAUGGAUGUAUUUAACCAGCUGUUUCUAUGAAGCUAUUUACAAUCCAAGACUUACUAAAAAUGCUUUAGAGCAACUUUUUAACAUAUAUUUAUUAAAUAUUUCCUAUAUCUGGACAAUAUAACCAGUUCUUUAAUUUCAGUA